UUUUCAAGGGUUAACCAAACAGAGAGAGAGAGAGAGAGAGAGAGAGAAUUUAUUUCAGUGUUGAAAUAGAGGAGGGAGAACUAAACAGAACUUUCCGUUAUUUAUGGAGUUGCUGUCCUCCAAAGCUAAGCAUAUUGGACAACACCGAUGAAAGAUUUGAGCUUGUCUCAGCGCCAAGUAAUCUCUUUCGUCUUCCCUCGUAUUUCUCUCAAUUCCCAGUAAACCCAACACUCAAUUUUUCACUUCAAAUUCCACAGGAAACAGGGGAAAACUAAAACCCUUAAAGCAAUUGAGCUUCAUCCUGCUAUUUAGAUUGGUUAGCUAACUAAUUGCUUUGGUUAGUGCGGUUGGCAAUUCAGUUGCGUAAUUAAAAGAUUAAUUUGAUAUAUACAAUGGGAAGUUGAGGCUCGUUCUCGACAGGGACAUAUAACUAAAUAAAGGUUUCACUUCUGGUGGUGUAUCCUUGGAACAUAGUGCUGGUUAAAGUUAGUGCGCUGUUGGAGGUGUAGUGUUGAAGAUUGAAUUUGAUGGAAGUGGAUGGAAGUGCCUCAACAGUUUCUAGGGGUUCUCAAUCAAUUCCACUACAAUCCAGGCGGCAGAGAGCUUUCUAUCAGUUUACACAGCAGAGCCUCCCCGCUUGUAAGCCUGUCCUCACACCAGCAUGGGUGAUUACUACAUUUUUAUUGGUUGGUGCCAUUUUCAUACCAGUUGGGCUUAUUACACUUCAUGCCUCCCAGAACGUUGUAGAAAUUGUGGACCAAUAUGAUACAGAGUGUGUCCCGGAGGCAUUCAAGGGCAAUAAGGUGGCCUACAUCAAAGAUAACUUAAUCUCUAAAAACUGUUCUCGGUACUUGAAGGUUUACAAGCAUAUGAAAGCUCCAAUUUAUAUCUACUAUCAGCUUGAUAACUACUAUCAAAACCACCGACGGUAUGUCAAAAGUAGAAGUGAUCAGCAGCUUUUACAUGGAUUGGGGUACAAUGACACAAGCUCCUGUAAACCUGAGGAGUCCAAGAAUGGUCUUCCAACUGUUCCUUGUGGCUUGAUAGCGUGGAGUUUGUUUAAUGAUACUUAUACUUUUAUUCAUGGAAGAACUGAAUUAAAAGUCAACAGGAAGAACAUAGCAUGGAAGAGUGACCGUGAUCACAAAUUUGGGAAGCAUGUAUAUCCCUUUAAUUUCCAGAACGGGACCUUGAUCGGUGGUGGAAAGCUAGAUCCAAGAAUUCCUCUAAGCGAUCAAGAAGAUCUUAUUGUAUGGAUGCGGACAGCUGCGCUCCCCAGUUUCCGGAAGCUGUAUGGUAGAAUUGAAGAGGAUUUGGAUGCAGAUGAUGUUCUCUUAGUCAAUCUAACGAACAACUACAAUACUUACAGUUUUGGUGGGAAGAAGAAGAUUGUCCUUUCAACAUCAAGCUGGUUAGGAGGAAAGAAUGACUUCCUUGGGCUUGCCUAUACUUUUGUUGGUUCGACUUCCAUAUUCAUCUCUGUUGUCUUCUUGUUGCUACAUAUGAAAAAUCCAAGGCCCUAUAGGGAAAGACCUUAUCUGCCUUGGAACAAGCAAAGCGUUUCCAGCAGAAGAUGUGAUGAUACUUUAUGAAUAGUUUGAAUCUGUGGAUUUAAUGUAACCUCAACACCUACACGUGAAUUAUCAAAAUGUUGAGCGAUUUCAAAAUGUACUUGCAAAAGAGAAAGGGGUUCUUUUUUGUGUAAUAUAGAAGAAAAACAGCAUUCGAGCUAGUUACAUGUUGUACAUGCUACAGAAUUUGUUCAGUCAUUGCUGACUGGUUUUCUCUGUAUUCUUGUACUAUAAGAUGAAAAAUUAGUUUGGAUGAAACUUUGUAUUCAAAUGGGGGUGAAUGGAGCUUGGUUUCUAUUUUCAA